CGUCACACGCCGAGCAGUAACGCCUUGCAUCCACUGCGCAUGUCAGUAAUUCCGUCUGUUUUGAGUUUAUGUAUGUGUGUCUGCGUGUGUGUCCUUUCCCACACGAGUUUACUGCAAUUCCGAAUUCUUACAACCACCGCCAGAAUGGCAGCUGCACCCCCGAACCCAGACGACUCUAGCCGGGGUAGUAGCGGUAGCAGCACGCCCAGCGUCCUUGUCGGGGACGGGGACACUGAAGAGGCCGAGGAUUUCACCUCCUCUUCCCACUGCACAGAGCUAUCUCGGCGGCAGAACGAACAGAGGAAACAGGGAUUGUUCUGCGACGUGACGCUGGCCUUCAGCAGUGGGGCGGCAACCGGGAAUGUUCAGAGCUGUGAGCUUUCCGCUCACCGUUCUGUACUGGCCGCUGCUACGGACUAUUUCACGCCGUUGCUGGGAGGGCAGUUCUCCGAGUCGCUGUCGGGUCGGGUUGAGAUGAAGGAAUGGAGCGCUGAAUUGGGACCAGACCCGGAGACGGUGGAGAGUGUCAUUCAGUACAUGUACAUCGGAGAAAUACGUGUGAGCACCUGCAAUGUGCAUGAAGUGUUAGAGCUUGCUGACAGGUUCCUGCUGCUGCAUCUGAAGGAGUUCUGUGGGGAGUUCUUGAAGAAGAAGCUGAGCCUGGCCAACUGUGUGGCGGUGCACAGCCUGGCUCACAUGUACACCCUGGACCAGCUGGCUCUGCGGGCUGCAGACAUGAUCCGACGCAAUUUCCACAAGGUCAUCCAGGACGAGGAGUUCUACACCCUGCCCUUCCACCUGGUGAGGGACUGGCUGUCUGACGCAGAGAUCACCGUGGACGAGGAAGAGGUGCUGUUUGAGGCUGUGGUGAAGUGGGUCCAGAGGAACACAGAACAGCGGGGGAGGUACUUUGAGGAGUUGUUCCGUCUCCUCCGGCUACCCCAGAUUAAGCCCACCUGUCUGACGCGCGUGGUGAAGAACGAGGCACUGGUGGCUGCCAACCAGGCCUGUCUCCGCCUGGUGUCCGAUGCCGUGGAGGGCCACGCCAUCCGCUGUGAGAACCUCAAGUCAGCUGACCUGGAGUUCUGGUCGUCCUACAUGGCCUCCUUCCAGCCGCGCUUCGGCCAGAACAUGGACGUGAUCAUGGUGGUGGGCGGGGUGUCGGAGGGGGGUGACUACCUGAGUGAAUGUGUGGGUUACUUCAUCUACGAGGACCGCUGGGUUAACCUGCCCCACAUCCACAACCACCUGGAUGGCCAUGCCAUCGCCACCACAGAGUCCCACAUCUACGUAGCGGGAUCCAUGGAACCGGGCUUCGCCAAGACCGUGGAGCGCUACAACCCCAACCGCAACACCUGGGAACAGGUGAGCAACCUGACCACACGUAAACACUCCUUUGGUCUCACCUGUAUCAAAGACAUCCUGUAUAGCAUCGGUGGCCACGGCAACUUCAGCCCCGGCUUCAAGGACGUGAGCGUGUACGAGCCUGAGCCGGACAAGUGGCACAACCUGGAGUCGGCGCCCAAGAUCCUGCGGGACGUGAAGGCGGUGAGCGUGGAGGACCGCUACGUAUACGUGACGGCGCGCACGCCGGUGGACACGGACAACGAGGACGGGCUGAAGACGGUCACCACACGUUACGACACAGAGAGCCGCCAGUGGCAGGACGUGGACUCCCUGCCGCUCAUAGACAACUACUGUGUGUUCCAGAUGGCUGUAGCCUCCACCAACUUCUACCACACAGCCUCCUGCUGCCCUAAGAGCUACACGGUGCGGGACGAGGCCGCCAAGCAGAAGAUCAGCGCUCACAUAUCAGACGAGAUCCUGGAGAGCUUGCCGCCUGAGGUCACCAGCGUCGAGGGCGCCGCCAUCUGCCACUUCGACGAGGACGUGUUUGUGAUCGGCGGCUGGAAGAACAGCGACGACGUGGACAAGCAGUACCGCAAAGAGGCCUACCGCUACUCUGCCGAAAGGAAGCGCUGGAUGCUGCUGCCGCCCAUGCCCCAGCCGCGCUGCCGCGCCACCGCCUGUCACGUACGCAUCCCCUACCGCUUCCUGUACGGCUGCCAGCGCUACCCCAUGCCCCAGAACCUGGCCCGCCAGCGGGACCGUAUGCAGCAGAUGCAGCAGCUACACCGGCGCACCCUCACCCUGCGCAGGCAGCUGCAGUCUCAGAUCGAGUGCUGAGCUGUUGCAACCCCUGUCUGUCCAUCACACCCACCCCAGUGGGGGAGCAGCCCAGUUCAGAUCCAAGCCCCAAACAUCCCCUGGAAGCCAUCGUCAUCAACCCCCACCCAUAACCUGCUGGAGCAGCGGCUCCUAUGUUGCUCUCAUGUUGGUUCUCUUUCAAGAGAACUCUGUGCCAGAUCAUCAGGUUGAGACUAUGGUGUUGGUUGAGAUUAUGGUGUUGGUUGAGAUUAUGGUGUUGGUUGAGACUAUGGUGUUGGUUGAGACUAUGGUGUUCAAGGCUGGGAGAUGUGGGAGGGAUGUGACUCUGUGCUGUCCAGGUGUUAGUCUAUGUGGGGAGGACAGGCUGAAUGUUACAAAUGUGAAUAGAGUGUUGUACAGUGACCAACAUCGGACUACACUACGUAUGUACGUCAGGCACAGGUGAUGUUUGUCUUUUUAUACAUGCAUAUAGUAUAUAGUUGUAUAUGUAUACUUUUAUUAUAUAUAAAUAUUUUCUGUCCCCCUUUUAUGCUUAUAUGAUGUAGGCAAUGUGACCCUUCAAUACAGCAGAAUCUAUAUUCCUCCAAUCCAAUGUGCUUAGUGAAGUCAGUCGCUCUCUAUGACAUUCCAUCAGGACACUGAUGGUCUCUCCAUGCAAAUAUCAUUCAUUCAUACAUACAUACAUACACACACACACACACUCUGUCCAGCUGUAGGGUCGGGACAGUACCAGUAUUGCGAUACUCGUUAGUGUCGUGGCAAGUGAACGUAACACGAAGCAGAUUUAACUUUGUUAGGAAAACAAACAUUUUAUGUCAUCCAGAGUCUCAUUUCUUUUUCCAAGCUAUAGCACACAAAAUGUUACAUACAGCUGGUUAUUAUAGGACCUAAGGGUUCGGUCUGUUUCGUGUAUUCAUUUUUGCCAUGGAAAAAUUAUUGCCAUACUGGUGUCAUCCUGGCCCUACCAGUCAGUCGGACCAAACCCUUACCAAUGCCUGAUGGCUUUUCUGUGCUUUAUACUAGUCUCAUCUGAAUGGCUCUGCUUGUUGUUAUUAUAGCUUUGAUACAGUAGCUUAAUAUGAAUGAAAGGAGAAUUGUCUUAUAUUUAUUAUCAGAUCUACGGUCCAAUCAAGAGUGGACAACUUAAUUAGUGAUUUACCAUCACUAUGUGGGCUGUGGUUUUCCCCUGUUUCCUUAAUGGAGCGCAGUAAAUUAGACUUCUCUCCUCCCCUGGUUGCUUAUUUCUGACGGUCGAUAGUGUAUUUCUUUGAGCAGUCAGUGCAGAGAGGGGUAGUCAAGAGAGAAAUCUCCCAUGUGGCAUCAGUUAGAAAGAUAAGAAGUUGGAAAGGAGAAUGGAGAUGGUGGGAGUCUGAGACAGAUGGAGAGUUUAUUCAUCCAUCCCCAUUCUCUUAAUUAGACUCGUGUGCACCCAUCCGUCUGCAAGAGUGAUGGUCAUCAUUCUGUUCAUGUCUGAGUCUUGUGGAAAAUUCUCCUUGUCAGUGUUUUCUAACAGGUAUCUUAAUUAAAAUAUUAUUAAUAACUUUUUUUUUU